AUGACCUCUCUCUCCGGCAAAGUCGCAAUCGUCACUGCCUUCAUCGAGGCAGAUGUCGAGGGCAUCACCGUCGUGGAUCGAACCCGGUCCGCCCUCGACGCAUGCAAGGCCGAGCUCGCGACCGACCGCCUUCUAACCUUUUGCGGCGAUGUGACAGACGAGGCGACAGCUGAAGCCUACACGAAAGCAACUGUCGACAAGUGGGGCAAGGUCGACAUUGUCGUGCUGAAUGCCGGCAUCGAGGGAGCCUGGCACAUGCUGCACGAGACGCCAAUGGACGAAUACGACAAGGUCAUGGCCGUCAACGCCCGCGGCGUCUUCAUCGGGCUGAAGCAUGGGCUACGAGCGUUCCUCGCUUCGCCGUCGGGCGGCAAGGGCUGCAGUGCCAUCGUCAUGUGCAGUGUCGCUGGGCUGGAGGGCGUCCCGCUCAUCAGCCCUUACACGGCAUCCAAGUUUGCUGUGCGAGGCCUCGCAUGCAUCGCAUCGCAAGAGUAUGGCAAGUUUGGCAUCCGUGUGAACGCCAUCUGCCCCGGAUUCAUUGAGACGCCCUUCUCUGCGGUACACCCCGAGCUCCUCGAUCUCGCAAAGGACAAGUCGAGCCUGCAGACGCUGGGCAAGCCGGCAGACAUUGCCAACGCGACCCUGUUCCUCGCCAGUGAUGCAAGCGAGUUCUGCACAGGGACAACGCUCAAGGUCGACGGGGGAGUCGCCCGGUUCUGCUAG